GAUCUGCCGACCUCACAGGUAUACCCACUAUACAGAUACAUCAACACAUUACAGAGCCUACCUCAAGACCAUCCGUAGUGUUCUUACACUCCCACCAAGUCCAGGCACAUUAACACGAUGAGACCUUUCCUGUACGUUACACUGUUUCUGCUGUCUACCUCAUCCUAUCAAUCAGUUUUUAUUAAGAGAGAGAAAGCUCAUCAUGUCCUACGAAAAAGAGCAAAUCAUUUUCUGGAGGAAAUCCUUCCUGGAAAUCUAGAACGAGAAUGUUAUGAGGAGAUGUGUUCAAGAGAGGAAGCAAGAGAAAUUUUCAAGUCUCCAGAAAAAACGACAGAGUUUUGGUAUCACUAUAAAGACCUAAGUCCAUGUAAAGAAAAUCCUUGCCAUAAUGGGGGAAUUUGCCAGCAGUAUCACUAUACUUACACAUGUCUAUGUCCACCACUCUACACUGGAAGGCACUGUGAAAAUGUACGGUAUGAAUGCUGGUAUAACAAUGGAGGAUGCUGGCAGUACUGCACAGAUACAGCACGGGCACUCAGUGUAACCUGUUCCUGUGCACAGGGGUAUACCCUUGAGGACGAUGGUAAAAAAUGUGCCAAAUCAGCCCGUUUCCCAUGUGGACUCACCACCAGUUCAACGCGCUCACUGCUAGAACUGGAAGAGCCGCUUGGUCUCUCCAAUUUUGAGUUUCCUGAUACAGAGAAUCCCUUUUCCAAUUCCACAGCAGCCAUAACCCCUGCAAACAGUCUAAAUAAUAGCACAGAAAUGCAGCAAAAAACUGAGACAGAAUGGCUGCAAACAUCAGAUGUGGGGAAUGACACUUCUCGGAAUGUCACUGGAAUAGAGAGUAAGAACAUUACUAUGAGGAGUGAGGAUGGAAACGGAACAACCUGGUCUGAUGACUUCUUAGGGAGAACCCUGCCUAGUGAAGACACAUCAGAAUAUGAUCGGAUUGUUGGUGGGAUGCGCUGCGAGCUGGGACAAUGCCCCUGGCAGGUUAUGAUUCGUACUUCUAGAGGAACAGACUUCUGCAGCGGGAGCCUGAUAAGCCAUCGUUGGGUAGUGUCUGCCGCUCACUGCUUUGAAGGCAUUGACCCACAUCAUGUUACCAUUGGAGAUUAUGACAAAUUCCAGCGGGAUCAGGAUGAACAGAAGAUUGCAGUACUUAAAGUUUUCUCUCAUCCAUACUAUUUGGGGGAACAUUAUGACCAUGACAUUGCCCUUUUGUACUUACGUAGCCCAGCCAUUUACAGUGACUAUACACGACCGAUCUGCUUGCCUAUCCCUGGCCUUGGACGUCAACUUACUCAAGAGGGUGAGGUAGGGCAAGUAAGUGGUUGGGGAGCAACACAUUAUAAAGGGCGUUCAAGUCGCUUCCUACUAAGGGUUCGAUUACCUAUUGUCAGCCAAGAAACUUGCAUGGCCUCUACUGAUAUGGUGCUAACAGGGAACAUGUUCUGUGCUGGAUACGAUAUUGAGGCAAGAGACUCUUGUAAAGGAGACAGCGGAGGUCCAUUUGCUGUGGCAUAUCGUAACACCUGGUACCUGGUAGGUGUGGUGAGCUGGGGAGAAGGAUGCGCCAAAGAAGGAAAAUAUGGAGUGUACACAAGAGUAUCUAACUAUAUAUCCUGGAUAAAAGACACCAUUAUAGAAACAGAGGGAAUUGAUGAGCCAGUUGUAAACACAUUGUAAGAACAAUGGAUAUUUAUCAUACAAUAUAAAUAUGGAGUAAAAGUUUGAACUAAAGAGACUGCAUCUGGCUGAAAGUCUUCAUGAAGGAAACUCAUUGUGUUAACAGUCCAUAUUUUGGAAGUGUACGCCACCAAAAAGUCUUGCACAGUUAUGAGAAUUGGACGAAGACAAAGCUGAUGAGGCUGUAAUUCCCAGCUCAGUAGGAGUGGAAUCCAUGAUCCUAUACAACCAGUUGAUAGCAAACUAUAAAAGCAAUGUCUUAAUGCAAAUUACAAAGACUGGAUUCACACAGAAGAGAUUUAUAAUAUCCCGUCCAAGGAAAAAUGGAGCAGUUGUCCUUUCAGCGGAUCUUUAGAAAAUGAAGGGGGCAUGGUGACAGUUGUGGGCAACUGCUUCACUUUUCCAUUGCACUAGAUCAGAGGGUAAAUCACUGCUUACCAAUACAGGCUGUGUACCCGCAUACACAACAAUGAUAAACAUAUAUAGAGGAAAUACAAGCCCGUCUGGAGCCUUCCUAAAGUAGUAUCACCAAUUCGAGCAUUACUUCAUAGGUACUGGAUUCACGGCGCUGACCAGGACAAAGGACUGCUGGA